GCAAGACUCCAUCAUCAGCCUGUCCUCUGGUCGUCGCUCCGUCUUAUUUAUAUACGCCCAAGGCCCGCCCACGCUAGUGCCAAACUCUAGUGGCAAAAGCAGGCAUCGUGGGGAAGAUGCGGGGGAGCAGCCAAGCCCCGUCGUAGCCCAUCGUCUCGGUACCGUCCUGCCGAUAAGCGACAUCGGCGAGAGCGAAGCAGCACACCGUGUGUGAUCAUGCGACAAUGUCUGAGAGAGCCUCGCGACUGGCGAAUAGUCGUCAUCCUGAUACGUCAACCAAGCACUGUCCGGCGAGCUCAGCCAGGCAUCAAGCAGGGAUAUCACCAACCUGCUGUCAGAAAGCAAUCAGCUGAUGCCGGCUCAUUAUGCACAUCGGAACUGGAGGGCACAUCUAGCCAAUUGAUCCGUAGACCGGUGCCUGCCAUCUUGACCAUCAUCACGAUGCACCUUUUUCUGCAGAUCUUGAGCAAGGCAGCGGCUGAGGUGCCAAGAUUGGUUCAAACGACCAUCUUGCACUGCAUUAUAGCCCGUUUUAGCGCGUGUAAUGAUUAUCCGUUUGAUCAACCGGAAGUCCGAAGCAAGUAUCAGCAAUUGCAGACUAGCCACUCCAUCCGUUUGGUGGCCUAA